AUGUCUUCCAACAUUAGCCUUGUAGACGAGUAUCUCGCCAAAGGCACAUGGAAGACUGCCGAGAACGCCAACUCAACCUACUCUCACCAAGGUCUCAUGCAAUACGUCUCCAACCAGAUCAUCUCUCAAUACUGGCUCGAAAAGAUCUACACCCAAGAGAUCCGACAAUAUGACCACGAGAACCGCUUCCAUAUCCAUGACCUAGGCUUCCUAAGCGCGUACUGCUCUGGCUGGAGCAUUGAGGACAUUCUCCUCCAGGGCUUUGGUGGUGUUGAGAAUAAGAUCCAGUGUCGACCUGCGAAGCAUCUUAACACUGCUCUCAACCAAAUUGUCAAUUUUCUGUUUACACUACAAGGUGAACUCGCCGGUGCUCAGGCACUGUCUAGCUUUGACACGUACCUCGCGCCAUUCAUCCGCAGCGAUAAUCUAUCCUAUACCGAUGUCUUCAAAUACGUUCAAAGCUUCGUUUACUCCCUCAACGUCCCGACUCGAAGUGGUUUUCAAGCCCCGUUCACGAACCUUUCCCUCGAUCUGAUCUGCCCGAAACGAUUGGGCGAUCAAUGCGUUAUCAUCGGCGGCGAGUUACGAACCGAUUGGGUAUACAGUGACUUUCAGGAAGAGAUGGAUAUACUCAACAAGGCAUUUGCUGAAGUCAUGAUGCAGGGCGAUGGAAACGGCAAUAUCUUUUCUUUCCCCAUCCCGACUUAUAAUGUGUCGGAUGGGAUUGAUUGGGAAUCGCCUCGGUGGCAGUCCAUUUGGGAGAUGACGGCCAAGUACGGUGUUCCAUACUUUGCCAACUUCAUCAAUAGUGAUCUCGACCCUGAGGACUUUCGGUCCAUGUGUUGUCGACUGAGGCUUGAUCUCAGUAAACUCCACUGCAGAGUUGGCGGCCAGUAUGGAGCAAGUCCUUUGACUGGCUCUAUUGGCGUUGUCACGAUCAAUCUGCCUAACCUGGCAUACCGUUCCAAUGGUUCGAAGGAGGCGUUCAUGGUAGAGUUGACUAGCACGUUAAGAGUGGCCAAGGACUCUUUGGAGAUCAAGCGGAAGCUUGUGGACGAGAAUUCGACACUUUAUCCCUACGCCGCUCACUAUCUAUCAGCCACCAAGCAUCGCACUGGGUCAUACUGGACGAAUCAUUUCAGCACCAUUGGUGUGAACGGAAUGAACGAGGCACUCGUCGAUCUUCUCGGCGAAGGCAUUGGCGAGCGAAAAGACUUUGCUCUGGAAGUUCUGGAGUUCAUCAAAGACCAACUCCAAGAAUUCCAGAAAGAAACAGGCAACCUGUACAACCUCGAAGCUAGUCCAGCAGAGAGCACAUGCUACAAGUUUGCCAAGCGCGAUAAAGAACUCUUCCCUACUAAGGAGAUUCCAACCUACUACACCAACUCCACGAUGUUGCCCGUUGACACGACGGAGGAUCUUUUCGAAGCUAUGGGCCAUCAAGAAGCACUUCAGUGCUCCUACACUGGUGGAACUGUCUUCCAUGCCUUUCUAGGCGAACAGCUACCGAGCUGGAAGUUGGCCAGAGACCUUAUCAAGACUCUGACCGCACGCUUUCGCAUCCCGUACAUCACACUCACUCCAACCUUCAGUAUCUGUCCGACACACGGAUACAGAGCAGGUGAGCAACCAGAGUGCACAGCGUGCGGAGAAUUGACCCUCGUUUACUCACGCAUCGUCGGGUAUUUCCGACCCACGAGGGAUUGGAAUCGCGGCAAGUCAAAGGAGUUUGUCCAACGGAAAGUGUACAAGUACGAGACUGGCCUUAGCAUUGACAACAAGCUUCUUGAACUGGAGAUGCAAGUCGCUGCGAUUCAAGAUCUUCCCGUGGCUGGCUACAUCAAGAGUACGCUGAGUGACUACCCAGGCAAGAUGCAGGCUUCCAUCAUGUUCACGUCCCGAUGUAACCUUGCCUGUCCUUGGUGUCACAACGGUCCGUUAGUCCAGGGACAAUGCGACGAUGUUACCCUUGUAGACGUCUUCCGUCACAUUACGGCAACGUCUCACAAGUCGCUUGUCGUCUCAGGCGGUGAACCCACCAUCCACAAAGGUCUCCUCCCUUUGCUUAGAAUUCUCAAAGCCGCUGGGAUUAGUGUGAAACUCGACUCAAAUGGCACAUCACCCGAUGUCCUCAAGCAAGUCUUCACUGAAAACCUCGUCGAUUUUGUUGCGAUGGAUAUAAAAUGUGCCUUGGAGAAUUACAAGCGCGUCACGGGCAAAAAGGUCAGGCCGAAGCUUCUCGAAGCUAGUAUUGAUCUCAUAAAGAACAGUGGAGUACCUUAUGAGUUCCGCACGACUGUUGUACCGGAGUUGGUUGAUGUGGAGGAUUUGUUUGAGGCGAAGAGGUUGUCAGGGAAGAAGUUGACCAUGCAGAGGUUCAGGAAUGGUGAGACGUUGUUGGAGGAGAAGUUCAAGACGUUUCAGGAGCAUACAGAUGAGGAGUUCGAUGCAUUUGUGGCCCAGGUUGCGUAA